UUUCUCUUCAUUGAUGCUGCUAGAUUUGAUGAACUUCGAGAUUUUUACAGCAUGUUUCACAAAGCAGCUCAGAAAAUUGUGAAAGAACUUGACCCUGGUGGCCAUGCACUGAUUCCUGCCAAAAGUACCUACUUUUCCAAUGACCUCAAGCCCCUGUACCUCAUCAAGAUAAAGAAGGGAUUUCUGUUUUUCAGCAAAGAUGAAUACUUCACGACAUCCGUCACACUGGCUGACGUAUUGAAGGACGGCGAAGAUUUAGAAAUUGAAUUGCAAAGCUAUGGAUUCAGUCGCUAUGGAUCUAGCAUGUCCGCUUCUGGACACGUGACAGCUAGUGUGUGUCCUGUCAAUGCAGGAGUGAAUGCAUCAGGUGGCGUGUCUGAUAUCAUAUCUACUGUGGAAAUGAAGAAGCGAGGAAUCUCUGAAACAAAGCUGCUUGAGGCUACUAAGGACAGGAAGAUUAACCGAGGACACAGCUUUGUGAAACGAAUGCCUACAGAAUUUCUUUACGUCAUAUCAGAAGUGGUGGAAACAGAUAGACAGUGCAAUCUAAAUAGCCUUUUCAAGGCAAAUACAGGAGUGGCAAUCCCAAUUCACAUGGUGGAGGCUAGCGCAGGAGUUGCUGUACUUUCGAAGCAGAAUGUAUCCUUCCCUGCUGGAACUACCGUUGCCUACAAAGUCUUAAAACUGAGGAUAACAGAGGAUGAUACAUUGGACACGCUUUGGUUUGAGUCGCGGACACAUUGUGCAUAUGGUUACCAGAGACCUGAGAUUCCCCUCACAGAACUGACCCAACUGUCGAAGGACAUAAGCCAGCUGUUCCUCAACGCAUUUCUUCAGAUUCUUGGCAACAGUGAUAACCUUCCUGUUCUUGAGACAAUGCUGGACCAGAUAAACGAUGGUUUCCAACCCAACCUUCAAGUGCUGGAUCUGAUGGACGAUGAGAAUAGAACAUGUGUAGAGAAGUUGCUGGAUCUGUUGGGAAUUCAAAAGGCUGAUCCACCAGAACAGCCCCUCACCUUGACUCGCCAUCAGAAUGAAAUCAUAAAGAUUGUAAACAUUUUUAUCCAGGCACUCAACGAACUGAAUCCUGACAUUUUAACCCUACUGGAGUCCAGUAUUGAGAUGAAGAUUAUAUCCAGACAACUAAAGCUGUUGGAAAAUAUUGAGGAAAGAUUUUUCAAAAAUUUCACAUUUGAACAGAAAAUCAAUCCACCUGAGGAAACUCUGGAGACCCUGGCCCUUCAGUUCACAGAGAGUGAGUUUGAAAUAACUCAGAAGAUCCUGAAAGAAUUUGGACUUCACCUUAAGAGAGAAAACACUUCAAUCUCAUGUGAAAUGAAUCACGGAAAUGAAGAUAUAUUCUCCUCCAUCUUUGUUGCUCUGAGUGUUCUUGAAGCUUUGGAUAAUUGAGUAAACAUGCAAUGAUUAAAUCAGUCAUCCAUAUUCUUUGAAGAUUUAUCCCUUCUCCUGCCAGUAGUCUCCCUGCUAACACAAGACUGCAUUCUGUUUCUAACCUAGAAUAAAGGCAAAAUACUGCACAUGCUGAAAUCCAAACCCAACACAUCUGGUAGCAUCUGUUCAGAGAGAGUCAGAGUUAACAUUUCAAGUAGAGUGUGACUCUUUCUUCUUUUCUCUUUCUUUGGGAAUAUUAAGCAUCAUUGUUGGUUGCGAAAGGAGCUUUUCAUGAUUUGUGCUUGCUUAUAUCAGUGAAGAACUGUAAAAUAUAUAUUUAGUCAGCACUCUGUUAGCAAAGCUGGGUAUAUUGUUGCUCCUUGUUGUAUCACCUGAAACCUGUUUUAAUAAAGUCUGUUGGAAAAGAAACAA